AUGUCAAAGGGUGUGGAACUUGCUCGACUAUUCCAUCAGCAGGGGCACAUAGUGAUUGGGGCCGAUGCUGACGCUCUGGCCUGCGGCCGCGUAUCGCAUGCCAUUCGCAAGUUCCACCACCUGCCGGUCCCUGCCUCAGACCUGCAUGCCCAGGCGGAUGAUCCCUUGCAAUAUGAGGAAGCCCUUUUGCGCAUUGUCAAAACAGAAAACAUCGACCUGUGGGUGUCCGUAUCAGGAGUUGGCUCUGCAGUACAAGACUCCAUCGCCAAAGAUGUAAUCGAACGGCUCACCAAAGCAAAAGCCAUCCAGUUUGACUCGCAACAUGUGACUAUCUUGGACGCGAAAGACACAUUUAUCGAACACGUACGAAAAAUAGGUUUAAAGGUCCCCGACAGCCACCGAAUUAAGAGCAAGGAUGAUUUGAUUUCUUUCCUCCGCAGUCGCGGCAGCCUUUCUUUAGAGCCGGAUUCGACGCUGUACUUGAUCAAGCCCGUGGGUGUCAAUGAUGCAGCUAGACUUGACAUGCCUCUCCUCCCUUUGGACACUGAGAAGAAGACUCUGUCUCGCAUCGGUGCGCUCAAUCUCAGUAAUGUUUCUUCCUUUAUCGCACAGGAAUUUAUCCAAGGCGAAGAAUAUUGCACACAUUCCUUGGUCAUCCGCGGUCGAGUCAUGGCUUUUGUUGCCUGCCCGUCUACCGAUAUUCUGAUGCACUACACAGCUUUGCCGCAAAAUUCAUCACUGGCCGACUCCAUGCGUCGCUUCACGGUGGCCGUUGCGGAAAAUGCCGGAGAGAGUUUCACGGGGCACUUGAGUUUCGAUUUCAUGGUCAAGUCUUCUGCGGGCAGCUCAAGCAAAGAGCCGGAACAAAUAUAUCCUAUCGAGUGCAAUCCCAGAGUACACACGGCCGUUGUUCUCUUUCGGGAUACACCGAAACUUGUUGACCUCUACCUAUCAGCUCUUGACCCAGAUCUCGAAGCUGGUAAGGAGAUCUUAUGCCCGCAGAAAAUACAGCGAUACUACUGGCUUGGACAAGAUUUGGUGGAGAAGCUGUUUUGUCCAAUGUAUCGAAUAAUUUGUGAUGGGACGGGCAGCGUGAAGGAUGUUCUUUCGCAAUUAGCAUUGUUUGCGGAUCAUGUCCUCUACUGGAAGGAUGGCACAUUUGUGAUGUGGGAUCCAUGGCCAUUCUGGUGGUUAUAUCAUGUCCAAUGGCCAGCUCGACUGAUAUAUUGCUUAAUGCGAGGAACAAAAUGGGAGAAGGCUAAUGUCAGCACCGGGAAAAUGUUCGAAACUGCCUGA